AAAAAAACAUACAACACCAGGGAUUCGCUGGUCGUCACCGACCCAACUACUAGUCUGGCCCUCACUGGCUUGUCUAUGGGAGAGCGGACGGGAUCCCGAAUUUUCCAGUGGGUAUGGUCGUAUGUGUUAGAGAUAGGCACAAACAGAGAUCAUGUAGCUGAGGUCCUUGGCUCCUACGUACUUCCUAGAUACCCAACAGCCCGCCAUCCCGACUACGUGUUUGAUCUUGAAGAUAAAACCAAGUUUAGCCAUGUAAAUACUCACCCGUUCAGUGCAGAGUAG